AUGCUGAAAUUAUGGUCCUUCCUCUUGCUGCCGGUGGUUCAGACUGUGAAAGCAGCUAUGAGCAUUGGAGUAUCUAAUUCUCAAGCUACGAACCCAGCAUCCAAUGCUGUUGAUGGAAACUCCAGCACAUUUUGGCACAGUGAAUACAGCCCUGUUCUCAUUCCACUUCCAUACACAAUAUACCUUGACACAGGCUCCUCACAACUCCUUAAUGGUUUUACAUACCUACCACGUCAAGAUGGCAAAUUGAACGGAAACAUUGGAGCAUAUUCUUUGGCUGUAAGUACAGACAAUAAGACAUGGACCACGAUCGCAACUUCUACUUUCCAAGACGAUGCUUCUCUUAAGUCCGUGGGUUUCGCGAGUACACAAGCUCGAUAUAUCCGCUUGAAUGCCACUUCCGAAGCAGGAAAUCGUGGUAAUUGGACUAACGCCGCAGAGUUUGGCUUCUCACUUGCGCCAACCGCUGUUGAUGGUCUGGGAGAAUGGGGUCCGGUGAUAAUCAUGCCACUCGUCCCUGCUGCAGGCUUCAUCGAAUACUCAACCGGAAACAUCUGGACCUUUUCCGCAUAUAGUCCUCUUACAUUCGGAAUUGGAGAAUAUGGUUAUACAAUUUCAGCAGUGUAUAAUCCUACAACUGGCGUCAUAUCUUCUGCCAAUGUCUCUAAUACUGAGCAUGAUAUGUUCUGUCCUGGGAUGUCAUUACUUUUUGAUGGAGCAGCGCUAGUGAGCGGAGGCGAUACGGCGAAUAAGACGAGCAUCUAUACACCUUCUACCGAUCAAUGGGUGGCAGGACCAGUUAUGCAGAUUCCUCGCGGUUAUCAUUCAACAGCUACAACCUCAGCUGGAAAUGUUUUUAAUAUUGGUGGAUCUUGGAGUGGUGGACUUGGAGGAAAGAAUGGAGAAUUAUAUGAUCCGAUUGCCAACACAUGGACUUUACUUCCAGGCUGUACAGUCGCACCCAUGCUUACUGCUGAUGCAGAAGGCGCUUAUCGUACUGAUAAUCAUGCUUGGUUGUUUGCAUGGAAAAACGGCUCUGUCUUCCAAGCUGGUCCAAGCAAAGCGAUGGAUUGGUAUGGAACAACUGGAACUGGAUCUCAGGUAGCCGCAGGACUUCGUACCUCUGACACAGACUCUAUGUGUGGAAAUGCUGUCAUGUAUGAUGCGGUCAAUGGAAAGAUUUUUACAGCUGGUGGAUCACCAGAUUAUCAGGACUCGAAUGCGACUAACAACAUUCAUCUCAUCACCAUCAGCAGCCCUAACGUCGCGCCUACGGUUCAGACUCUCAAAUCAAUGACAUAUAAGAGAGCUUUCGCAAAUGGCGUUGUUCUUCCAGAUGGACACGUCAUUGUUAUAGGAGGACAACCAUAUCCUGUUCCAUUCACAGACACUGAUGCCGUAUUAACACCCGAGUUAUGGGAUCCUACCACGCAAACUUUUACGAUUCUUCCUCCUCACACCAUACCACGAACAUAUCACAGUAUUGCACUUCUCAUGCUCGACGGUAGAGUCUUCGCAGGAGGUGGAGGACUCUGUGGCUCAGAUUGCGCCACUAAUCACGCAGAUGCGCAAAUCUACAGCCCGGCCUACCUUUUUAACUCUGACGGAACCCUCGCCACUCGGCCUGUCAUCUCUUUAUCUACAUCGACUAUUGCUAUCGGGAAAAUGGUCACCAUCACCACCAGUACUACUGUAACUCAUUUUUCCAUAACUCGAUAUGGAUCGACGACCCAUACGGUGAAUACCGAUCAAAGGCGCAUUGCUCUGACACCCGACACAAUAAUUGGCAAUACAUAUACCUUGACCAUCCCCGCCAACCCUGGAAUUGCACUCCCAGGAUACUGGAUGUUCUGGGCCAUGAACUCUGCAGGCGUACCGAGUGUGGCAUCUCCUCUCAAAAUCACGCUUUGA